AUGCCUAGAUCUAAGCGUUCCAAGUUGGUGACUUUGGCCCAAACUGACAAGAAGGGCAGAGAGAACAAAGAACGUAUUUUCGAUGAGAUCCGUGAGGCUCUAGACUCGUUCAGAUACGUGUGGGUGCUCCACCUUGACGACGUCAGAACGCCCGUUUUGCAAGAAAUUCGUUCUUCAUGGACUGGCUCCAAGCUCAUCAUGGGUAAACGUAAAGUGUUGGAGAAGGCUUUAGGUCAGACUAGAGAACAAGAAUACAAAGAAAAUCUUUCAAAACUCACGAAGACCUGCUCAGGAGUCACCGGUCUGCUGUUUACAGACGAAGAACCAAAGGUUGUUCAAGAUUACUUCAAAUCAUAUGUCAGAGCUGACUACUCAAGACCCAAAUCCAAGGCCCCACUAACGUUCGAGAUACCGGCCGGCAUUAUCUACUCGCGUGGUGGCCAAAUUCCUGUCGAGGACGACGUCGUUAUGGUCCACUCCCUGGAGCCUACUUUGAGAAACAAGUUCAAGAUCCCAACCAAGAUCAAAGCGGGAAAGAUCACCAUCGAAAGCUCAUACCUUGUUUGCGAAGAGGGCGAAACGCUUGAUGUUCGUCAAGCGUUGAUUUUGAAGCAAUUCGGGGUGGCCGCUGCUGAGUUCAAAGUGAAGGUUGCAUCCUAUUUUGACAACGAAUCUGCCACGGUCGAAGAAGUGGGCAUCAACAUGUAA